AACGAAAACGCGAUAAAAUUUUCUCAAAAACAAGUUUAGUUACAUGGAGUAUGCGAGACAGCUGCGGCGAGGUUCAAAAUAAUCACGAAACUCGGUUUUAUAGCAUCACAACCAAAUAUGAACUCUACAACCUGUUUAAGUGUGGCGUUAAUACUGUUCUUUCAAACAGGUUAUGUUUACAAUGAACACAGCUAUUUGCAUCGUUACAAUUCGCUAUAUCCACUCUGUGGAUAUUGGCCGUUUAUGGUUCAGUUUAAUCCAUAUACACACAUCUGUUGCAAAGGAUAUGUUCGUCCAGUGCUUGGACUUUGGUUCCUUAACAAAUGCUGCGGAACAUUGAAUUACAACAGACGAAAAUACUGGUGUUGCGCGGGAAAAUUACGUCGAAAUAUCUUGGGUCGAGUCACCGCUAGACCAGGUUGCUGUGGGCGCAGAAGUUAUAACCCGACAACGCAACGCUGUUGCAAUGGAAUGGUAACAAGUAGCAAUCUUCCUUAUUACAUUCCUUACUCUUGUUGUGAGCGAAAAUCCUUUAAUCCUUUCACAAAAACUUGCUGUGGAGGUAAAGUUCAGCCUUUAACAGGAAGUUUUCAACACACUCAAUGUUGUGGUACUAAUGUUUACAACGAAAUGUAUGAGAAAUGCUGCGCGGGCAAGUGGCAAGACGGAGUCGUCAUCAAAUUGUGGAAAAACUGCACAUACGAUAACAACGCGCUCGGUUUUUUAUAAAACUUUGUAGCAGCAAAACGAAUAUGGAUAUAUAUAUCUAGUUUUACUAUUCAUUGAAAAAAAAGAUUUCAUAAAAAUGAACAGAACAAAAGCAAAGCCAUUAAUCAAGAGAACAUAACAAUAAAUUCGAGUAAAAA